GAGAGACAGCGGAGUGCGAAUAAUAAGGAUUAUUGCAGAGUUCGAAUAAGGAAGACAUAGAUGUGCGGAUAGGGAAAGCGCAGAAGUGCGAAUUGGCGAAAAUAAAAGAAAGUAAACAAAAAGUAACAUGGCGGAUCCGGGGGUGCAGGCAAGCAUCCACAAGAACCUCAAGACGACGCUUCCGAGGAUCGACAAUUACAUCAACUCCACCAGAUUCUCGAGCGUCAACCUCAAGGGCCGACUGUAUGCCGACACCCGCCCUGUCUCCCUGAGUCACUGGGCGGUGCCAGGCGGCGAGGGGGCAUGGCAGAGCUGGACCUUCGAGGAGGUGAUGCAACAGAACUUCCUCCCCACCAGCGUCGGCGAGUCAUUUGGACCGACAUGGACCACGCAUUGGUUCAAGGUAGAGUAUGAGAUACCUGAGGAAUGGGUUGGACACGAAGUGAGGUUCAGAUGGGCUACAGGGAGCGAGGCGUCUGUGUGGACCACCGACGGGAAACUCUUGCAGGGCCUCUCCACGGGCACGGGUCACCAAAUGCGCCCCGAUUACGUCAUCACCAGGAGCUACGAAGGGGGCGCCGGGAAUCAAGUCUUUUACGUUGAGAUGGCCGCCAACAGACUCUUCGGUGCCGGAGAUGGCGACGAUCUGACGCCGCCCAAUCCAAAUAAGUAUUAUACACUCACCAGGGCCGAAAUUUCAAAGUUCGACACCCAAGUGUACAAGUUGAUCCGUGACCUGGAAGUGUUGCACCAGCUGGCGGACGUGUUGCAGAAUGAUCCGCGUGGCUACCAGGCCCUCUACACGGCCAACCAGAUGGUAAACUCCAUUAUUGCCAAGGAUGAAAGCGGUGCCAGCCAGCUCGCCGACCGCCACUUCGCCAAGGGCAACGGUGCCAGAGCCCACACUCUCUCGGCCAUCGGGAACUGCCACAUCGACUCGGCCUGGCUCUGGCCCUAUUCGGAGACCAAGAGGAAGGUGGGCAGGAGCUAUGCGUCGCAGGUCAGACUGAUGGAGGACUACCCUGAAUUGGUCUUCGUGGCGUCGCAGGCACAGCAGUGGGCGUGGUGCAAGCAGUAUUAUCCGGACUUGUUUGAGCGCGUGAAGAUGCAGGUGCAAGCAGGCAAAUUCCUCCCCGUGGGCGGCACGUGGGUGGAGAUGGACGGCAACAUUCCAAGCGGGGAGUCCUUCAUCAGGCAGUUCCUCCACGGCCAGCGGUUCUACCAGCAAGAACUCGGAGUGACCUGUAAAGAGUUCUGGUUGCCGGACACCUUCGGGUAUUCCGCUCAGAUUCCGGCAAUGAUGAGGCACAUGGAUCUGUCCCGCUUCCUAACUCAGAAGUUGAGCUGGAGUAUGGUGAACAAAUUUCCUCACCACAACUUCACGUGGGAAGGGAUAGAUGGCAGCACCGUUCUCGCUCACUUCCCGCCGGGUGACUCUUACAACAUGAACACCACCGUAGAAGAAGCGGUGCGGACCGUGAGCAACUUGGAGGACAAGGGGCGAGUGAGUACCUCGGCCUUUCUCUUCGGAUAUGGCGACGGAGGAGGCGGCCCCACGCAGGACAUGCUGGAGAGGGCCAGGAGGCUCAAGGAUACGGACGGAUGCCCGAAAAUGAACAUCGUCACCCCCGACGUGCUAUUCUCCACCCUGGAGAACGAACAGCAUAACAUGUGUCGUUGGGUUGGAGAAUUGUACCUUGAGCUGCACAACGGUACUUACACUAGCCAGGCGGAUAUGAAGAGGCUGUGCAGGAGUGCGGAAUUCCACCUUCGCGACGCCGAGUUCCUCCUGAGUACCGCUUCGGCCUCGCUGGGGGUCGCCGCUUCAGCCCUUCUCCAGGCUUCCUUGGAGUCCCUAGACAGCGCGUGGAAGAAGGUCCUCCUCAAUCAAUUCCACGACGUCCUUCCUGGCUCUGGUAUCGGUAUCAUCUACCCCGAAGCGACGAGGUACUACGAAGAAGCCAUCGCCGCCGCUAUGGGGGUGUGGCACGACUCAGCAGACGCUUUGUUUGGUGCGUUCGAGUAUAAAGAUUUCUUGUCUCUUUGGCUCUCUGUUUCUGGUUUCUGGUCUCUCGAAGUGUGGAGCGGCGGUGAGCAGACCUGGACCGCCUUCAACACCCUCCAGUGGGCCCGCGAGGAGGUGGUGGCGGCCCAGACACGGAGCGGCGGCGAAGAGGAACGUUCCGCGGGUUACGUUCUUGUCCAAGCGCCGCCCCUGGGAUAUGCCGUUCUAGAAGGGGUCAGCCCGACGAGUCCUGUUAGUCUCACUGAGACAGAUGGCCUUUUCGUGCUGGACAACGGCCUGCUCCGAGCCGAAAUCAACGCAUACGGACAGGUGGUGAGCUUAGUGACAGCUGGAGACUACCGCGACGUGUUCAGGAAGGAAGAUGGUUCCCAGCUGGCGGGCAAUCAGCUGGUUCUCUUCGACGACGAACCGCUUGUCUUCGAUGCCUGGGAUGUGAUGGACUACCACCUGGAGACGCCCGUGGUUCUCAACCAGGAAGGGUCUGGCCGCUCAGUGUCUCCCGUGACGGUCGUGGAGGCGGGUCCCUUGCUGGCUCGUCUUCGCUGGAGCGUCGACAUCAGCAGCGACUCGACCCUCACGCAGGACAUCGAACUCAGAGCCUCGACCCCGUAUCUGAUCUUCAGCACUGUCGUCGACUGGCAAGAGGAUCGGAAGAUUUUGAAAGUGCUGUUCGACCACAACGUGAUGGCCAGAAACGCCUCCUUCGACAUCCAGUUUGGCCAUCUCGAGCGCCCGACGCACAUGAACACCUCGUGGGACUCGGCUCGCUAUGAAGUCUGUGGCCACAAGUGGGCUGACGUCUCUGAACCGAACUGGGGCUUCGCGGUUCUCAACGACAGCAAAUACGGCUGGAUGGCGAGAGGGAACCACUUGACCCUUUCUCUCCUGAAGGCCCCGAAGUCUCCUGACGAUACGUGCGACAUGGGGAGUCAUGAGUUCAAGUACGCCCUCAUGCCUCAUGUAGGUACAGUGAACGAAGCCGGAGUCGCGCGGAGGGCAUACGAAUUCAACAAUCCCCUACGCCUCCUCCAGCUCCCAACGGCCACCACCUCGACGCAGCCCUCAUGGUCCGCGAUGACCGUGGAGGGCGAGGGAGCUGUCCUGCACGCCAUCAAACCCGCGGAGGAUGGGUCAGGAGAGGUGGUCCUCCGGCUCUUCGAGUGUCACGGCAGCAAGAGUAAAGUGAAGCUCCACACUUCGCUGCCCAUCACGGACGUACACAACUGCAACGGGAUGGAAGUCAAAGGAUCGCAGGCAGCGUUUUCGAAAGAAGGAGAGGAAACCACCAUUUCUCUCUCCCUCUCUCCCUUCUCCAUCAUAGCUCUGAGACUCUCCUUCUAGGUGGAGUCAAGGAGGCGUUGGGUCGGGUUACGAUGGGUGCCCGUUUUCUGUGUGUUUGUUUGUUUGUUUAUUUUGAGG